UUGCUAACAUGCGCCUUGAUUCACAACAAGUUGAAGAAAUCUAUACUUUAUAAACUUGAUGUUUGAAUUCAUUUUAUCACCUCUCCUAACCUCACAAAUUUUCCCUCAAAUUAACCCUACGCUUCUCUCUCUAAAUACAAACAAAAUAUCAGAAAUUAUGGGUAGAUUUCUCCCAUGCCCAAUGCCUUGCAAUUGCGACAAACACAAAGAUUCUCAAAUAUUUCAAACCAGCCAAAUUUCCGACUCGUCAUCUUCCAAUUCAUCCCUUACUUCCCAACUAAGCCUCCCUUCCGUCCCUUCCCUCGAACACGUCGUCUUCGCCUCCUCCUCCGCCAACCACCAAAGCCUAGUCACCCUCAAGGGCCACACCUCCUACAUAUUCUCCCUCUCCGUCGCCGGGAAAUACCUCUUUAGUGGCGCCUCCAACGGAGAGAUUCGUGCAUCCGCCUCCCACGGCGGAGCCAGUAUGUACAUCGACGCCCGGACUGGCUCCGCCGUGAAAUCCAUCACCGUCAUAAACGGCAAGCUAAUCACCGCCCACGCGGACCACAAGAUACGCGUGUGGCGGAUCAAAGACCAUAGCAUAAGCACGGCUAAAACCAAUGUGUCAGCAAAUGUCACGUCAAACAGUAAUUCAUCUAUCGCCAAGCUGAAACUGACAGCCACACUCCCCACUGGCGUGGACCGUUGCAUACGGCUGUUCUCGGCGGGGAGCUACGUGGAGGUCCGCCGCCACCGGAGGCAGACGUGGGUCCACCACGUCGACGCGGUGGCGGCCCUGGCUACCUCCGCGGACGGCGCGCUCCUCUACUCCGUGUCGUGGGACCGGAGCAUGAAGGUGUGGCGGAGCACCGACUUUCGGUGCGUGGAGUCGGUGCAGGCCGCCCACGACGACGCGAUCAACGCGGUCGCGGUGGCCGUCGAUGGUAACGUCUACACGGGCUCCGCCGACCGCCUGAUCAAGGUGUGGCGGCGCCGCGACGGAGAGUCUCGACACUCGCUCGUGGCGACGCUGGAGAAGCAUAAGUCCGCCGUGAAUGCGCUGGCGCUGAGCACCGAUGGGAGUGUGCUUUACUCCGGCGCCUGCGAUCGGUCGAUCGUCGUGUGGGAGAAGGGAAGAGGAGGCGGAAUGGCGGUGGCGGGGGCGCUGAGGGGGCAUAGGAAGGCGAUUUUGUGUUUGGCGGUGGUGGCGGAGGUGUUGUGCAGUGGAUCGGCGGAUAAGAGUGUGAGAGUGUGGAGGAGAGGGAGUGGAAAUAGCUAUUCUUGCCUGGCGGUAUUGGAAGGGCAUAAAUGUCCUGUUAAAUGUUUAGUGGCGCGUUUGGAUCGGAUGUGUAGUGAGGUUGAUAAGAAAAGUGAGGGGGAUGAGUUAGGGAAUAGUUACCUUGUUUAUAGUGGUGGUUUGGAUUUUGAUAUUAAGGUUUGGAAAAUUUGGGUUCCUUUAUAGUAAAUUUUAUUGGAAUUUUAUUAGGGAGGGAAUAUUUCUGUCAAUAUAUAUAUAUAGACAGAGAGAAAAAUUAGGAGCUUUUGAAAUCUUUUCCUUGAGAUUCUUUCUAUGAUGUUUUUGGUCUAGGGAUUUCAGAGUUGAUUGUGUAGUUUCACUGUUUGAGACUUGAGGCUUGUUUGAGAUUAUCAUUUAAAUAAUGUUUUCAUUCAUAUGUUA